AUGCUGCAGGCCACCAUCAAGCUGUGCUGCGGCAUCGCCCAUGACCACCACCGCCGCCUGCCCGGCUUGAAGAUAACAGCCGUUGCAGCAAUACAGAAGGACGUGAGAGGGCUCCGUUGCCUGCCUUCCAAAAUUCCAUGUUAUUUUCAGAGGCUGAUGGGAAAGGAGACAGCUGCCUGUGCCGAGCCCAUCAGAGAUGUAAGCCCCAGCCGGUUCUCCAGCGUGGACCUCUCCUACAUCAACCAGGGAGAAACGGCCCUGCAGCGAGCACUGAGCAUCCUGCAGCAGCACACCAGCUGGCAGGCAGAAACGAUGCUGGAUGCCGAGGCUACCGUGUCCAGUGCUGCCCUCCCUGGACUGGGCAAGGUGUUUCGGGCAGAGGUGGUCCUGGCCGUGCCAGUGGCACGGCUGCACCGAGAGCUGUUCGAGAGGAUCGAGCAAAUGCCCCAGUGGAACCCGACCCUUAGCCGGGUGAAGGUGCUGCAGCGCAUUGGGACAGACACGCUGGUGACACACGAAGUCACCGCCCCCAGCCCGGGCAACCUGGUGGGCCAGCGGGACUUUGUCAGCGUGCGGCACCGCGGGAGGAGGGAGACAGCCAUCUACCUGGUGGGCACCACCACCCACAUCGAGCCCCUGCCCUUGCAGGAAGGGUGCAUCAGGGCCGAGUCCCGACUGAGCUGCAUCGUCCUGCAGCCGCUGGCAGAGGACCCCGGCCGUACCCACUUCACCUGGCUCCUCAGCAUGGACCUGAAGGCAAGUGCCACCGUGUUACUUGGGGGCUGGAUCCCUGCAUCUGUUGUUAACCACGUCCUGCCGCAGUCCCAAGCAGACUUCAUCAAGCACCUCCGCCGACACCUCUCUGCCGCUGUGUGCUCCUGA